AUGUACAACUGCUGUUCACAUGGAACCCUUCUCCGCCACUCGGCCCUCGAGGAUCUCACUCGAAUAUUUGCUACUACCACCAAGAUCUGCGCCCGCGGCGGCUCCACGCGGCCUCGCGGCCGGCGCUUCGACGCGCACCGCGGCGGCCCUCCUACUCGUCGGGGCGUACCACCCGGGCGGCGGUCCCACUCGCUCUCUGCCCCGACGGCCGGGUGUGGGCGGCACGCUCAGCGCCAUCCAUUUUCAGGGCUAGUUGAUUCGGCAGCGUGCCCGCUCUUCCUCCGCCGCAGCCGCGCUGGGCUGGCGGCGGGGCGGCGGUGCGCCGGCCGCCGCGCGGCCGGAUCCCGCCUCGGCCGGGCCCUGGCCGGCCUUCACUCUCGUUGCGCCUCGGGGCUUCGCCUGGCGGCCCCCCGACUCGCGGGCCCGAUAGACUCCUUGGUCCGUGUUUCAAGACGGGUCGGCAGGGCUCGCGACAAUCGCCCGCGGACCCGGGGCGCCUCGGCGCGGCCGACACCGGCCCGGCCGGGGACCGCCGGCCCGCCGCCACCGGGGACGGUCGCGGCGGGCGGGGCCCUCCGGCGGGCCGGGCGGCCCGGCCCGGCGGCCGCCGCCGGGGAGGCGGCGGCGCGCGGGCGGGCGCGGCCCGUCGUCCCUUCCUCGGCCGGGCGGCCGGCGCGACCACGGCCGGUCUCUAGGCUCUCCGACCGGCCCCCCCGUCGGGGGACCGGGGUGGCCGGAGNUAACCCUAACCCUCUCCAUAACCUCAACCCUAUUCUCAUAACAUUCCCCUAA